AUGUCCUACAAGCCAAUCGCUCCCGCUCCUGUUACCCCCGGAGCCGCUAGCGCCAGCCCCGCCCCGUCGGGGCCGGGGGCACCUCCCGCCGCCACGAGCGUCCCGUCACCCUCCGGCUCCGUCCCCGGUGCUGCAGCCCCCUUCCGGCCUCUCUUCAAUGACUUCGGGCCGCCGUCCAUGGGCUACGUGCAGGCGAUGAAGCCCCCCGGGGCUCAGGGUUCUCAGAGCACCUACACGGACCUGCUUUCCGUCAUCGAGGAGAUGGGGAAGGAGAUCCGUCCCACCUACGCCGGCAGCAAGAGUGCCAUGGAGCGGCUGAAACGGGGCAUCAUCCACGCCCGGGCGCUGGUCAGGGAGUGCCUGGCAGAGACAGAGCGAAACGCCCGCACGUAACGGCUGCUGUCACCCGGGACCCCCUCCCCUGCCCCACCCCGGGACCACCCCCCACGGUGUCCCUGCCCCGCUGGCGGCGGGGAGGGGGAGGGCAC